AUGGCCCCCGAUCCUUGCAGGAAACAGGGUUGGGCAUGGGCCGGUGCAGAGCAAGCUAAAACAGUAUUGACUAGUAUGUAUGCAUUCCCCAGCGAUUGGCAGACACCCCUAUGCGGUGCUGGGAAUGAGUAUUCAAGCGGUGGUUUGAUGCGCCUCUUGGAGAAACCAAGCUCUGCUCGGGGAAAUGGAAAUUGUGGUGCUCGGUGGGCGGGUUCGCGGGGUAUCUACGGUGUUACCAACGCAUGA